AUGAGCAAUGCUUCGGAUACCCCAUGUGAUGAUCUUCAAUAUUUGCAACAUGAUGCAUCAUCGUCAUCAGAUCGCCAAUCAGAGAUUGUGGAUGCAGCCACGAGCAGAAAACGCGAGUAUGAGUUCUUUGUGACUACGGGAGAGCCACAGCAACCGAAUGGCACGGAACGAGGCAUGAUCCGUCGAUUAGUUAUGCGCAACUUCUUCGAUACCAAAGCAAGUACGCCACCAAGCAAUGCAUCAGAGCAUCGCUCAGCAAGCACAGCCAUGUCGGAGAAGCAGUUGAAGAACCGAUUCAGAUUGUUGAAGCCAACCAAUGAAAAGAAAGGAACGAAGAGCAGGGAGUCAGAACAAGACAGUCAAAAGGGCAUAGCUAAAGGGAAACGACCUCGAGCACCAAGGACUACUUCGAGCACAACCAAGGUAUCUUCCCAUUCGGGUGACGGAAAGAGUAGGAGAAAUUCUACGGACCGAACGGGGAGCAGUAGCAGCAACAGGAUACCUUAUGGAUCGGAAGCCAAUGGAACCAUGUUAAGCGUCGAUCCCGGUGCCCAUCGGAUGGACCCUUUCGAUGUGUUGCCAGUACCCGGAACGCCAGAAUUGGAUAUGCUUUUCAGACUAUACAAAGGCGCACCCAAGAACAAUGCUGUCGCUGUCGACGCCAAGAGUACAUGGAACUCAUUCGUUCUCCAUGACCCUGGUUUGCUACAUGCUACACUCGCGGGCUGGGCGUUGUAUGGCAUGCUAGUCGAAGGAAUCAGCGCCUUGCGUGUGUGCAAACUCAAUCAUAAGAGCGAGGCCAUCAAAACAAUCAACAAUAGACUUGCAAGCUCAGGAGGGAAGAUCUCGGACGAAGUAGUUGGUACGGUUUUAACACUGGCAAGUUUCGAGAAUCUCACUGGCGAAUAUGAUGCAGCUCAGCUUCAUAUCUCGGCAUUGAAGCGCAUGAUUCACGAACGAGGUGGAUUGCUGGCUUUUGGACACAACGACGGCUUGUUACGUGGCAUUAUAUGGAUAGACUUCCAUACCGCUGCAGCUUUUCGAACACCUCCUUCCUUCCAGCAUGUACACCUUGACCUGGACAUACCCCCAUUUCCCGAGGACCUACUGGAAGAGGCAGUGGGCACAUCUCCAACUAGUUUGCUCCGACUAUCCACCGCCGCCGUCGACUGUUUCAACAUCUUCUACCAACUACAUCGACUGGCUUUGGCGGCUUCAUCACAUUGGUUUGGACGGGUUGCACGCCUCACAUUGAGUAAUGUGCUCUAUGAAACACAGUUCAUCAUUCUCUCGGUACCAGACUACUCGCGCGUAUUUCUAGAAUUCGACCGAGACGCCGAUGAGGAGCAUCGCAAUGACUUUAUGCAUCGCAGACACCAAGCAGAUGCAGCAAGUGUGGUCGAAGGGCUCCUUGCAGCGAUGUUGAUCUACGUGUAUGCGGUCCUUCGAGGAUUACCAUUGAAAGCAAAUAUCUUCAGCAUCCUUCUGAAUCGACUGCGCGCCGCAAUAGAUCGCCCCAACUCUUCUGCACGAGAAGUGUGGGAACGCGAACAUAACCUCAACAUGCUAGUCUGGGCGCUGGUGGUGGCUUGUUCUGUGAUCCCCAGUGCAGAUGCGGCUUGGUGGAUCAUUCAGCUUUCUGAGUUAUGUGAGGCCAUGAGCUUGAACAGCCAGGCUGAACUAGAAGAUACAAUGCGGCAUGUCGCAUGGACAGACAUUUUCUUCCAUGGUAAAAUGGACAAAAUUUGGGCGGAAAUGAUGCGAAUGAGACGACCAGAGCCUUACAACGAGUCGCUAAUGCAGCUCUCUACGAGUUCUGGAUAUGCUGGAGCGCUAGAAACUCAAGCCUCAAGUAGCGGUAAUGACUGGACGUCUGACGAGAGAGGGUACAGUGGGCAGAUAGAUUUUGAGGACGGGAGAUGGAAAGUGGAUAAUUGGUAUGUGUAG